AUGCCGUAUGAUCUGAAAGGAAAGAAUGUUCUGGUCACCGCAGGCUCAAGAGGCCUGGGGGCCUUGGUAUGUGAGAAGUUCGCUGCCGAGGGCUGCAACAUUGCCAUCAACUACCAUUCGAGCCGCGAUAUCGCCGAGGGUCUUGCAGAUCGACUCUCGCGGGACUUCUCGGUGAAGUGCAUUGUCCUUCAAGGGGACUCUGAACUUCCAGAGGAUAAUCAGCGCAUAGUGCAAGAGGCAAAGGAGCAACUAUCUGGUCUUGAUAUCAUAAUCGCCAACGCUGGGUGGACCCGAUUUGCAAACAACCGUGAUAUCUAUGACUUGUCGCCGGAGGAAUGGGACAAAUGCUGGAGAGUCAACGUCAUGUCUCAUCUGCAGCUUAUGCAGACGGCCAAACCCAUUCUUGAGAACAAUCCCGAAGGCGGCGCAUAUAUCAUGACUUCCUCCAUCGCGGGUAUCACACCUGGCGGCAGUAGCAUGGGCUAUUCGGUCACCAAGUCCGCCGCGUUGCAUCUGAUGAAACACCUGUCUUUAUCGGUUGGACCGAAGAUCCGUGUCAACGCCGUUCUACCAGGAUUGCUUUUGACCGAUUGGGGCAGAAGGUUUGGUGAGACUGUGAUCGAACGUCUGAAUCAAAAAGCGAUCUUGAAACACGAGACCGACUUGGACGACUGCGCCAAUAUGUUCAUCACCCUUGCAAAGAAUACGUCAAUGACCGGGCAACAGAUUGUCGUUGAUUCGGGCCUGUCCAUGGGUGAAAGUGGGAGUAGGUAG